AUGGAUGACAUGUAUCAGUAUGCUGCUUCUGCAGUAAAUAGCAACAACAAAGAGCAAGCCCCAGCAGCAGUAUCCGAAGAAGAUGAUGUUAUCAUCAAAGCAUUUAAUAACAUUGGCUGGGGGAAGAAGUGGUCCAGCUUAGUUGACACUGUGAAAAAGCAGAGCGAAGCUUUUGUUGAAGGAACCAAGAAAGAUUUGCAAGAGUUUUCUCAGAUAUUAACCGAAGAUGCUGAAGAGGAUGAGGUUGCAGAUGACGCGGGAUCUAGCAGAGAAGUAGCAACAUCUGAAAACGAGCAUUCUGCGCUUGACUCUAUCCGUGAGAGCCUCAGCAAAAUCAACACUGUGAAUUUCAGCAGCUUGCGUGAUGGACUCACUCAGACGUUGAAUCAAUCAUUACCUAAUCAAAUCACUUCCGUAAGAUUACCAGAAAACAUGGAUUUGACUCAACUCAAGGAGGGUUUGGCUAACGGCACACGAUCAGCUGAACACUAUCUUCAACAAUUUGGCACAGAUGUCAUCUCUGCAUUGAAAAACACAGUUACUGUGUUGGAACCAGAAGAGCAAGCAGCCUCUGCCUUAGCCACAACAGAAACAAGCAGAUCACCUCGUAUCUUUGCCACUCGUAAAGAUGCUUUGAUAGCCAAGAUGCAGACAAACGACAAUACGUAUCUACAAGAACCAGAGCUUUCCAAGAAGGACUAUGACCAAGAGAAGAAGAUUCUGGAUACAUUCAACUCUAGCUUCAAUAGUGAGGAAUAUACUGACGAAAUUGCACAACUACUCAAUGACUAUCCCAAUUUGAGAGAGACAAUGGACAGAUUAGUACCCGUGCAAGUGAGUUACACAUUGUUCUGGCAACGCUACUUUUAUCAUGCUUGGAAAAUUGAUCAAGACGAGCAAAAGAGACAACUGAUUGUCCAAGGAGCGCAAGAAGAAGAAGAUGACGAAGCAGACUUCAAGUGGGAUUCUGACGAUGAAGACAACACAACCGUCAAGAAUGAGACUACCAAGAAAGAAGCAGAGACAGAUACAUCAGAGAUUAGAACAUCCACAUCAAAUUCUGAAGAUACCGAUGACUUUAGUCAUAUUUCCGAGCCAGCAUCUUCCACCACAUCGCCUCCACUAAAAUCAUCACAAACUGAGGAUGAGUGGGUCAAGGCAGAAAAGAAGAAAUCAGACGAUGAAGAGGAUAGCGAUAGUGAUUGGGAAUAA